AUGACAGAUUUGAACGUCUCACUUCUGCUGGAAGAAGUGUUGCAUCCUAGCAACGAUAAACAAAUGACAGAAUCAUUGCCUUUAGCCAUAUUUAUUGUAAUCAACAACACCUGCCUCUCUUCGAUCAUCGGAUUUCUGGGACUAGUCGCCAACGUCAUCAACUUGAUAGUCUUCUAUCGCCAUGGUUUAAACAGUUCUAUCAACAUCAGUCUCUUUGUUAUGGCCAUCUCUGACGUGUUCACCAUCAUCUUUGUCCUUGGGGCCAACCUCUGCUUUAAUCCAUACAUCGGGCAGUGGUCAGUUCCGGUUAAUUUCCCUGAGGUAUUCUACGUCACUGGAGGAUGGCCUGCAGGCGUGUCGUAUCGUAUCAGGCUGUACAUAAAUGUCUACACCACAGCAGAGAGAUGCCUGUGUAUCUUGUUCCCAUUAAAAAUUAAAACUAUAAUAACCCCAUUUCGUUCCAGGUUUAUAAUCGCGUUAAUAGUUAUAAUUAACACCUUAACUAUGGUUCCGGAAUAUUCGUCCAUUUACAUGGACUGGAGAUACGACAGCGUCAGAAAUGAGUCAGUGCUUGGUAUAGCCUUCAGAAGAGACAUACCGCAGACACAAGGUGUCACAUUUCUAAUGCACGUCUUUCUCGUGGUAAUCGGACUCCUCAGCGUCACUACAUUGACCUCCAUCUUGGUCAGCAAUCUUCGGCGUCAGACAAAAUGGCGCUUGAAGAGCAGCAGUGACGCCAGGCAGCAGUCGGCGUUCUCAUCACGUGACCGGAAGUCUCAGUUGAUGGUCAUUGUAGUGGCUACCUCAAUGGUUAUCUGCUACAUACCACUAACUUGUGUCUCAUUGGUCAGUGUUUUUGAGCCACAGUUUUCAAUUGUAGGGAAAUACUCCAGCAUUUUUGCUAACACUUGGGGUACGAUCUUCAUAAUCGGAAUGACCAACUCUAGUUCUAACAUCUUGAUUUAUUAUAAAAUGAAUUCUAAGUUUAAAACUACACUGCAAGCAAUGUUAUCCAGAACGAGAUCUAGUAUUUAA